UUUCUGUCGUUUUGGUCGAUCGGGGCUUCGUUCAUUUUCCGGCUGAUGCUGAAUUUAUUUAGAACAAUAAGAAAGGAUGGUGACUUAUGUGGGUCUACACGCUCAGCUGGCGUCCAUCAUGGAGGUGUUGGCCAACGCGGCGGUGGCGGAUAUCUGCCGGCUGGUGGACGACGCUCUGGCCGCCGUCAGGUCGGAGGUCUCCAGGACUCAGAGGGAGAAUGUGGCCCUGAAAAGCAAAGUGCGUCUGAUGGAGGUCCAGGGUCACAGGGACGGAGCUACCUGCUCCGGAUCAGAACACUUUGAAGAACAUCCUGCCGCUGUAAACACGAGCUCCAAGCCCGCCUCCCUGGGGAGUUCAGAGUCUCAGCUGUCGAGGAUUACCACUGCGAUGUGUCCAAUGUUUUCUGUGCAUCAGCCGGCGAUGAUGACGGAGCCGCCAGUGGAGCCAGAUCUCAGCACCAUCAAGAAGGAAAGGCUAGAAGAGGAGCUGAGAGGCUGCAGCGUGUUCAAGGACCAUCCGGUGGUCUCCAGCAGCACCAGAUCGUCUUCUUGCUCUUUUCCUGCAGAGGACGACCGCCCUCUCCACGUUCAAGCAUCCGUGAGCAUCACCGAAGCACAAGUCAGGGUCUCACAUCGGUUUGAGAAAGACCACUUUCCCAAACCUGACACUCAGCGGCAAAGAAAGGCAACAGAGGAAGUCACGAACCUGACGGCGCCACAAGCGGAAAACGCACACAGCGGGCUGGGUUUGUAUUGUCUUCCAGCAGAACAAACACACGAGACGGUAACGAGGAGUUCUGUCUCACACAGGGCCCAAGAAAUAAAAGACGUGGGUGACAAAGGCGGUGAAACGGUGUGUCUUGUAGAUCCCGGUGACUCUCUGCCCCUUCCACAGUGCAGCGGCGCUACUGUGAUUGAUGCACAGACUGUGAACGGUGGAAAGACUCUGGAAUUGGACGUGCUGUCCACACACACUGCAGUGAACAGUGUGCGCGGUGCUGCACAGGCUGUGGCAGCGGACUGGAGGGGAGAAACUGCAGAAACAGCCUCAGCCGUUAAAGUGGAAGAUCAGAUCCAACCCUGCUGGUCUGAAAACGCUGCUUUUGGGGCAGAUAAUUUAGUUUACAUCUCCACAGAUGCUACCGAGGAAGUUAAGGUGAAUAAUAACAGAUUAAUGAGCAAUAACUGCUUUUUAUCACAGAGUUACCACAGAGCGAGUGACUCGGGGAAGAAAUGCACUGAGCUGGACACCGAUGGCUUUGACUCCUCCUCCUUUGAUGAUCUGUUUUCCUCCCCAGAAGUAGCUAGAUCCUUAAUAGCUCCUCACAAAGACUGCACAGAAGGAGGCGCUAAGGAGCAGCUCUUAUCAUCAUCAAGAGCAGCAUCUUUUCCAUACCUAAGCAGUAAAAGAAGUUUUGGAAACCUUUCAGCCCCAACAUCAGAGUCUGUCACCUUCAGGAACCCGUCAUCUGAUUCCAGAAGCAAAGUUCUUCCAAGCAACAUAGGGCGGGUUUUCAGCUGCCAGCAGUGCAACAAAAUGUUUUCCAGCUCCAGAGACCUGGCGGUGCAUCAGCGAUCCCACGCCGGAGAGACCAUCUAUCACUGCCACGUCUGCAAGAAGCCUUUUGUCCACCCGAACCAGCUGAAAACCCACCAGCGGGUACACACCGGGGAGAAACCGUUCAGCUGCACUCAGUGUGGGAAGCGCUUCUCGCAGUCGAGCCACAUAAAAAGACACAUGAGCGUCCACACGGGGGAGAAGCGCUACAGCUGCAGCCUGUGUGGGAAGCGCUUCUCUCAAGCGUGCAGCCUCAAAGUGCACCAGGCAGUUCACACUGGAGAGAGACCCUACAGCUGCACCAAAUGCGGCAAGAGUUUCUCCGUGCUGGGUAACCUGGUCCGCCAUCAGAGUGUUCACAUUGGCAGGUGAAGCGGCUCAAAAUGACACUUUCAUCUGUGGUUUACCUUUUUCUUAUUUGGUGUUUUUGACGUGUAACAGCUGUAAGGUGUCAUCGGAGGGCUUCAGUCCUGCCAGUCACGACUAACUGAGACCUGGAACUUACAGAAGUGAGACUGCAGGUGCAUUCACACUGGAUCAGGGUGCUUUUCUGACAGAUUUCAGCAUGUGCAGGAAGCUGGUCGUCCAGAGAGUCAGAGGAACACAAAUGCACUUUCUCAGUGUCUGAGGAGUAUUUCAGUGUGACGGUAACCUGAUGACUGCCGCUGUGUGUCCACAUGUGAAAUGUUUGGUGGGUGAUCCAAAGAAAUAAAUGCCAAAUCUUUAACCAAGAAGACACUGAUGCUGAUGUGAAAGGUGACAUAAAUGGAGUCAUAGAAGUACUGGCAUCAAAAAUGACCGCUCCAGCUAUUUUUCAGAUGUUUUACUGACUUUACAGAUCCUGUGCUUUUUGGAUACAUGAAUAUGUGUAUGUGUACCGUGGUCAACUUCUGAUUGGCUAAUUCCUCAUUUGUUUGCUAAACCUGAUAAAGGCGUUGACCCAGGACAUGUUUUUUUCCUUAAAAUAAAUUUCUGAAAAUGUUGAGUAUUGGUUGUCUCUAUAAGUAUCAGGUA